AUGCUCAACCAGAGACUUCUCACAAAGGACAAUGGCACCGACGGCCAUCUCGUCGAGAAGCUGUACGUCGCCGAGGCAGCAACUUGCGAUUCUCACUGGUAUCUCGCCAUGACCAUUGAUCGGGAAAACUACCAGCCCGCCAUCAUCGUCUCCAAAGAGGGCGGGGUUGAACUCGAUGUUCUCAUUAGCGAACAGCCUGACAGCCUGUUUACCUUUGGCUUUGGCAUGUCGGAAGGCAUCAACAAUGCCUUGGUGCAAGACAUCCAGCAGCGUCUGGGCACAACGGACCAAGAAAUGGCAAAAUUGACCCAUAUUCUAACCCAAAUGUACAGCAUCUUCCGAGACCGAGAAGCCACACAUCUUGAAAUUAAUCCUCUGGGGCGAUCACUCGACGGUUCCUUCACCAGCUUAAACGCCAUUUUCACGUUUGACAAGGCCGCCGAACAAAGGCAGGAAGAAGUCUCUGCGCUACGCGACAAGACGCAAGAAGUCCCCGACGAAGUGGAAGCCGAAAAACACGGCCUGGUGUACGUCAGAAUGGACGGGGACAUUGGCAACGUCGUCAACGGCGCGGGUUUAGCCAUGGCCACAAACGACGCCAUUGGGUUCCACGGCGGUGCGAGCGCCAACUUUCUCGACGCCGGUGGAAAGGCGACCAAAGAGACCAUGAUUCAGGCAUUCCGAAUCAUUACGCGCGACGAGAGAGUCAAGGCCAUUCUGGUCAACAUUUACGGCGGCAUCACGCAAUGUGACAUGAUUGCUGAGUCGAUUAUUGGCGCAACGAGCGAGUUGGACAUCCGAGUGCCCAUGGUUGUGCGGCUGCAGGGCACGAAUUCCGAAAAGGGAUUAAAGAUGCUCGAGGAUGCAAAUCUGGGGCUGGUCGUGGAGUCGGACUUUGGGCAGGCGGCGAAGCGGGCGGUUGAACUUGCAGAGUCGAGAUAG